CGUUACCGUGUCGAUAUCGUGCUGUAAUUAGCGCGAUUGCGUUUGCGUGGCAUUGUUACAGCAACAGGUACACAGACACACCUGUGUAUGUACCCUCAAAACACCGUACACAUAAUGGAGGCUCAUUGUGUGCGGUAUUAACAGUGCAGCUCUCUUUAAAUAUAAAAAACGAAUCCGUAGAAAAUCUACUGGCACUUUUUGAGGUUCAUUAUUAACUCCAGCAUAAAUUGUACGGUGAGAAAAUCAGGAAAAGACUGCUGCCGAUGUCUGUGGAGGCUGCCUCUGUACCCCUGACUGCGCUGGCGUGGGCUUCAGGCAGCAGCACCUGUCCCAACGAUUUUAAACUGAUUUCCACGACUUUCGAUGGAUCUAACGCAAACUUCGGGAAAGGAUUCGGGAUGAAAUCAAGUUACUACCUCUGCUGCAGUUCGAAGCCCCAGGGCAGCGUCAUCACGGAUAUCCAGUUUGUCUCGGAGAAGGAAUCCCUGCCGUCUGGAUUCUAUUACAUCGCAGAGUUCCUGGAGCCCAGGGCGUCUGUUUCCAAGAAGAAGCGUCUGUGUGUGAAGUCCGUCUCCUUCAACACUGCAGACGUGGCCGUGCUGGAUGUGCAGCUGACAGCCAAGAGCAAAGUGAUCCUGCCACACUACACAUGCAUCGGCGACAUGAAUGGCUUUGUGCUGUGGUGCAAGAAGGGGAGGGUGAGACCUCUCCCCAAACCCCGCAGCAUCAACCUGGACAUGAGGGAGCUGUCACUGGAGAAGGGGGAGGCGGAGCCACAGAGCCCCGCCCACAACAGCAGUGCAGCCUCCAGGCCCGUUCACCCCAACAAGCUGAGCAAACGCCGGAGCACUCUGGAGAUCAAAGAGGCGGUGUACGACACUGGCAACAUCUACAGCAUCUCAGCUAUGGACGGAGUGCCCUUUGCUCUGCACCCGAAGUUUGACUGUCAGCCCAAUGGCAAUGUACCCCUGGUCAACCUAAACAACAUUCAGAUCAAAUCAAUCACUGACAUAGAAAACGAGUACAACUACAGCUUCACAGUGGAGAAGACGGCAGCUGACAGACCUCAAUUCCGGAGUGCACUGCAGUCACUGGAAGCAUGAAGUUCAAGCACAGCGACUGGCUUGUAGCUAACGCAAUCAUUCCACGAGCCUGCAUUGCACUUCCAUUAGCUACGCAGCUCUUAAGUGUGUGUGUGUUACACAAAGGCUGCAUUUUCACUUUAAAACAUCAUAUCUGGUACUGCUUUCGGUUAUAGAAAGUUCUCAGUUUCUACGCCUUGUUCUUAGGGUAUCUGGUGCACUUGGAUCAUUUUCAUCGCUGCAGUGUCUCUGAGGUCAAAGCAUGCUAGUCAACUGGGGAAGCAGCAGCUGGUUGGCUGAUGACAGGAAAGAAGCCAGUAAAGGGGUGGGGACAAUUUCACCCUCCAGGAUACCAAGCAAGUGCAACGCUAACUGAAAACAUGGCUUGAAAGUAGAGGUUCUAUAUAGCAAGUUUUUAAAAUGAAAACAUGUGUUUCUUUCAAAACUGCACAUUUGAGACCUGUAUAUCCCCGUCAGUCAUGAUUUUGUUAUUUACAUUUUUAUAUAUUUUAAAACAGUUUGUGUGAACUCUUUGACAAAACAUCUAUGCCUUAUAAAAUAGAUACAUAGAUAGGAAACUUAACACUUAACACGGUACAGUUCUGUACGCAGUGACUGAAGGGGAUAGAAGCAAUGGAAGUGCAAGCAAAAAAAACCCCAGAAGAUAAUCAAUACUGAACUAGAAGCUAAUCAAUAAUCAAACCUCUCUCUCGUGCAAUAGAAGUCUUUUCUGGCUAGUUGCAAUCAUUUUAUUCCUUUCUGAAAACUGUGUGCUUUCUUCGAAUCAGGGACCCCUACAGUAUCUGUAAUGAAAUAUAAUCAGCGUUAAGAUAUUAUCUUCAAAAACCUUGCAACCUUUCUUGCUAUUUAGGUAAGAUACGCACAAAAAAGCUUUUUCCGUAUCACUGGGUCCAAGGGAGGCUCUGAACUCCUCCACAAUCCAAAGCCUCCCCAAACUGCAGGAUCAUAUUUGUCGCUCUCCUUAUAUUGCAAAACCGCUCUGAGACCGGAACGCAGAACCCGGGUCACAAGAAUGACAAUUUAAAAAUAAAUGCAAACUCACAACACAAGCUGUAGUUUGAUACAUUCUAGUUAAUAUUUCUUAACAGAAUUAUUAUUAUUAUUUUUUUUUUAAAUCAUUUUUGCUACAACCUGCUUUGUCCUGUUUUGAGGACAGUCAAGUUAGAUGUGUUCCUGUAAUCAGAGCAGUGAAAUUUCACACCGGCUAUGAAGCUCAACACAUAGAAAACUGAGCUUUAUCAUUACUGUGGGGAGGUGUCAUAAAAGCACAAGCUACAUUUAGACUUAACCUUUGCAAUUAACAAAAUUGGAGUAAGUAAUAUAGUUAGAGAAAAUUAAAAUAGCAGGUAGAUGCUACGCUCCAAAACAUUACAAAGCAGCCUGUCUUCAAAUGAGAGCAAUGGCACUUAAUGGGUUAACAUGCAAGCGUGAACUUACAUAGGAUUCAAUUAAUACACUUUAAUAGGCAAGUUCCCAUCCACAGACGUUUGUCCUUGUAGGUCAGUUGGAGCCUACAUUAGUUUUUAGAUCAAUGAUUGCAAUGGAGAGCCACUACAGAACAGAUUGCUGAAGCCUCUGCUUCACUAAAUAGUGCCUGUUACACUACCGGUCAGUGGACCAGAACCAGCUUUACAUUCAUUUAGAGCAAUGACUUCUCACCAGUCAAAACCAGAGACUUGGCAAGCUUUUGUAAAUAAAGUGUGCAUUUUAUCUCAAUUGGAGAUCAAAGGUAAAACAGCCAAGUAGAUAAUAUUGCAACUAGUGCCAUCUUCAGUGCACUGUAAAAUACAUGCAAUAAGUGCAUCAGAAGAGCAUUUAUAUUAUAUUAUAUAUAUAUAUAUAUAUAUAUAUAUAUAUAUAUAUAUAUAUAUAUACACAGUUUAAGUAAAGGCAUUCAUACGAUAUGAAAAAAGAACAGCACAAGAGGGUUGUAUUGCGAAUGGUAGCGCUCGUCUUUGUUAUACUGUUGUGACAGAGCAUACUAUGUAUAUAUUACGCACACUAUGUAUAUGUCUGUGUAUAUUUCUGUGUAUACACAUUCCUUAUGACCUGUAUGUAUUCUGGUGAGAGGUGAUGGGUGUCUCAGAAAAUGUUAUUCUUGAAUUCUGUUCAAGAACAAAUUAAAUACAAGUGCCUCUUCUUUUCAGUUGA